UUCAGUUGUAUUGUUGACAACAGCACGAUUGAGAAUGGCUACAGUUCAUCCGUCUCGGCUUGGCCUGGUGCGAAAUGCAGAGAUCAAACGAGCUGCACCACCAAGCAGGGAAGAAGAGCUGAAGCAAAAGCUGUUGGAUAGACGGAACGGAUCAGCCGCGCAUAAUGGACAUCGGUCAGAUAGGUCGUAUAGGGAUGAUGACGAGAGAUCUCGUGGGGAUCGUAGACGAAGGAAUAGCGAGGAUGAGAUUAGAAGGGAUCGUAUCAGAUGGGAAGACCGUCGUUCUCCCUCACCUCGAGGCUCGCUUCCUCCUCCUCCUCAUCGCCGUCGAUCACGCUCGAGAGAAGAUGGACGAUAUGAAGAUCGUCCUGGGUCUCAUCGCGACAGACAUGAAGACCGUUCGAGGGACACGCACGAGUCAAGUCGGUCUAAAUAUCGAGAUGUCGAUGAUAGAUCCCGUGCGAACAGCUCAGACCCUCGCUCUCGGGAUGAUUCGCGUAGGGCCUCACCCUCGUACAAGCCUUACAAUGGGAACGGCGGUAGUGGCCCACUUCCACCGCCUCCUCCAACUUUGCCCGUCACUGCCUACGGCUAUGGACCCAAUCGAGGAGACCUAGGGCCUCCUCCUCCCUGGCCUGGACCUGGCCAUUCUAAUGGCGGAUCCCCAAUGCGCAUUGGGUUUGACAGACCUCAAGGGAGAGGUGGUGGUAGCGGCGGUGGUGGUGGUGGUGGUUGGAACAACCCUGCUGAUCUGGAAAGACGUCGUAUGGAUAGAGACAACAUGACCCUUUCCGUCUGGCCGCCCUCCCCUAAGCAGCCCUACAAAGAUGACGAUGAACUGGAAGCCGAACACAAGGAAAGACGCAAAGCUAGAAAAUCGAAGUCUAAAAGGUCGAAGCGGAGAUCACGCUAUUCUGACGAGUCUGAUUCCGACACCGACUCUGAAGCUGAACGCCAACGCAGACGUAGACGAAGAAGGAGGGAAAGGGAGAAGCACCGACACGACAGCUCUGACGAUGAUGAUCGAAGGAAACGGGCCCGCUCUUACGACUCGGUUGAUGAAGAACGAGACAGGAGGCGACGGAAAGAUUCUGUGGAAUCAGCGAGGGAAAAAGACCGCAAGCGAGAGAAGGAUGGGGAAAGAAGUGAGGAAGAUGAUCAAUGGGUCGAGAAAGGCGCUGGGAGUACCACCGCCUCUCAAGCUGUUGUCAGCAACUCACCUACGGCCUCGAGGUUUACCGGUAUCAACGACAAGGAUGAAGAUGUUGAAGUUGGACCUCAGGUGCCUGUUGAGAUCAAGGACAAGAUUGACCGCUCGGCCUACUCCCACAUGCUGAAAGGUGAAGGCGAGGCCAUGGCAGCGUUCGCGGCAUCGGGUCAACGAAUUCCUCGACGUGGCGAAAUCGGUCUGGACUCGAGUCAGAUUGAGGCGUUUGAACAAUCUGGUUAUGUCAUGUCUGGAUCUCGACAUGCCAGGAUGAAUGCUGUUCGAUUAAGAAAGGAGAACCAGGUCAUCAACGCAGAGGAGAAACGGGCAAUCCUCAAGAUGCAGAGAGAAGAGAGGUCUAAAAAGGAGGGUGCCAUCAUCGGUCAGUUUAGGGAAAUGCUGGAUGAUAGGCUGGUCCAUGUCCAGAAUCAACAGCGGGACCACAAGGCCGAGAAGGAGUAGUGAGCGGAAAUGGGGAUCUCAG